AUGACAUCACACAUCACCUCCCUGCUCCCCCUACCCUCUUAUCUCAUACACCUCACAAAACACAAAACCCAAGCAGAACCUGACAAAUACUCUCUCUUCCCCCAACAAGGAAACCGGCCCGAUGCAAAAAAACUGCCGAUCCCACGCCGAGUCUUUUACUCCCUUCUCUCUCUCUCUCCGUCGGUACUUUCGGCCUUGUCGCUCGCUCCGCCGCGCCCUUGGUAUUCUUUUCUUUCUUUUCUCUUCUUCCCCGUUCAUCGUUAGCGCGGAGCUGGGUAUUGGUGGGAAAACAAUCUUUCCUCUUUUGUGCGCGCUUGCUCU